GGGGACCACCCUCCGCCCGCGGAGGCGCGGGCCGAGCGCUCGGGGCACUCUCGGCGGUCCCGGCCGUUCGCCGCCGCCGCGCGGAGAUUCGCGCGGAGAUUCCGCGGAGCCGCGCGCGUCCCCGGCCGGGCUGAGCUCCCAGACCGCGACGAGAGCCGCAGGAGCCCGCGGGGACGCAGUGCGAGCCAGGUGGCACUUGGCAAGAAGUACACCACAUUGGGCACCGUACGGAGCUCUCCGUUGAGAUAAUCGGGAAUUGCGGAUCUUCACAGCCCUGAGCGCCCCCCCCUUCUCUGGAAGGAAGGCCGGUUCCCGGGACUUCUGCUCUGACGUCUGGAAGCCCGUGGCAGGAAGAAGCACAUCGCCCAGUUGACCCGUGUGCGGCAUGGUUGCCUGAGGAGAGCUUCAGCGAGCGCUGGGAUACCUGGAGGAGGGGAUAUGACACGUUAGCUGUCCCUCCAGGAAGAAAGUUCGAGAUGGCAGCUCAGCGGAUCCGAGCGGCCAACUCCGGCGGUCUCCCUCGGUGCAAGUCCGAGGGGACCCUGAUUGACCUGACCGAAGGGUUUUCAGAAGCGAGCUUUAAUGAUGUCAAAGUGCCUUCCCCCAGUGCCUUGCUCGUAGACAAUCCCACACCGUUCGGGAAUGCAAAGGAAGUGAUCGCAAUCAAGGACUACCACCCGGCCAACUUCACCACCCUCAAGUUCUCCAAGGGCGACCACCUCUACGUCCUGGACGCGUCCGGCGGGGAGUGGUGGUACGCCCACAGCACCACGGAGAUGGGCUACAUCCCGUCCUCCUACGUGCAGCCCUUGAACUACCGGGACUCCACCCUGAGCGACAGCGGGGUGAUCGACCAUCUUCCAGACAGCCCAGACGAGGUGGCCAAGGAGCUAGACCUGCUCGGGGGAUGGACAGAGGACAAGGGACCGAGCAAGACCUACAGCAAUAACCCCUUCUGGAACGGGGCCCAGACAAACCCGUUUCUGAACGGGAACGCGCCGGCGAUGCCCAGCUUGGACGAGCUGACCCCCAGAAGCACCGUGGAUUUGCUCCUUUUUGAUACGGGCACGUCUUCGUUCACCGAAUCCAGCUCCGCGACCACCAACAGCGUCGGCACCAUCUUUGACGAGCCGCCGGCCGCAGGCCGCCUCCAGGCCGAGGCGCCGGGCAAGCGGGACAACCCCUUCUUCAGAAGCAAGCGCUCCUACAGCCUGUCGGAGCUCUCCGUCCUCCAGGCCAAGUCCGACGCCCCCGACUCCUCGGGCUUCUUCACGGGCCUGAAAUCGCCGGCCCCGGAGCAGUUCCAGAGCCGGGAGGACUUCCGCGCCGCCUGGCUGAGCCACCGGAAGCUGGCCCGGUCUUGCCACGAUCUGGACCUGCUGGGCCAGAGCCCCGGGUGGGGCCAGACCCAGGCGGUGGAGACGAGCAUCGCGUGCAAGCUGGACGGCUCCGGGGGCGCCGUGCAGCUGCCCGACAGCAGCAUCAGCAUCCACGUGCCCGAGGGCCACGUGGCCCCAGGGGAGACGCAGCAGAUCUCCAUGAAAGCCCUGCUGGACCCCCCGUUGGAGCUCAACAGCGACAGGUGCAGCAGCGUCAGCCCGGUGCUGGAGGUGAAGGUGAGCACCCUGGAGGUGAAAACCUUCAUCACCGUGGAGAUGAAAGUGUCGGCCGAGGUGAAAAACGACAUCUUUAGCAAAAGCACGGUGGGUCUCCAGUGCCUGAGGAGCGACUUGAAGGAGGGGCCCUAUGUCCCCAUCCCACUCACCUACAGCUAUGGGGACACGGUCCAGGUGCAGCUGGACAACCUGGAGCCCUGUAUGUACCUGGCCGUUGUGGCCCACGGCCCCAACAUUCUCUACCCUUCCACGGUGUGGGACUUCAUCCACAAAAAGAUCACCGUGGGCCUCUACGGGCCCAAACACAUUCACCCGUCCUUCAAGACCGUGGUGACCAUUUUUGGGCACGACUGUGCCCCGAAGACGCUGCUGGUCAGCGAGGUCACCCGCCAGGCCCCCAGCCCUGCCCCCGUGGCCCUGCAGCUCUGGGGCAAGCACCAGUUCGUCUUGUCCAGGCCCCAGGAUCUCCACGUCUGCAUGUUUUCCAACAUGACCAACUACGAGGUCAAGGCCAGCGAGCAGGCCAAGGUGGUGAGGGGGUUCCAGAUGAAGCUGGGCAAGGUGAGCCGCCUCAUCUUCCCCAUCACCUGCCAGAACCCCGGCGAGCUGUCCGACUUCACCCUGCGGGUUCAGGUGAAGGGCGACCAGGAGGCCAUCCUGACGCAGUUUUGCGUGCAGACUCCCCAGCCGCCCCCCAAAAGUGCCAUCAAGCCCUCCGGGCAAAGGCGGUUUCUCAAGAAGAACGAGGUCGGGAAGAUCAUCCUGUCCCCGUUGGCUGCCACCACCAAAUACCCGACUUUUCAGGACCGCCCGGUGUCCAGCCUCAAGUUCGGCAAGUUGCUCAAGACCGUGGUGCGGCAAAGCAAGAACCACUACCUGCUGGAGUACAAGAAGGGGGACAGCGUCGCGCUGCUCAGCGAGGAGAAGAUCCGGCUGAAGGGGCAGCUGUGGACCAAGGAGUGGUACAUCGGCUACCACCAGGGCAAGGUCGGCCUCGUGCACGCCAAGAACGUGCUGGUGGUGGGCAGGGCCCGGCCGAGCCUCCUCUCGGGGCCCGAGCUGAGCACCUCGGCACUGCUGGAGCAGAUCCUGCGACCCUGUAAGUUCCUCACCUACAUCUACGCCUCGGUCAGGACCUUGCUCAUGGAGAACGUCAGCAGCUGGCGCUCCUUCGCCGAUGCCUUGGGCUACGGCGACCUGCCGCUCACCUUUUUCUGCCGGGCCGAGCUGGACAGUGAGCCCGAGCGGGUGGCGUCCGUUCUGGAAAAGCUCAAGGAGGAUUGUAACAACACGGAGAACAAAGAGCGAAAGUCCUUCCAGAAGGAGCUCAUGAUGGCCUUACUGAAAAUGGACUGCCAGGGCCUGGUGGUCAGACUCAUCCAGGACUUUGUGCUCCUGACCACGGCGGUGGAGGUGGCCCAGCGCUGGAGGGAGCUGGCCGAGAAGCUCGCCAAGGUGUCCAAGCAACAGAUGGACGCCUACGAGUCUCCCCACCGGGACAGGAACGGGGUCGUGGACAGCGAGGCCAUGUGGAAACCCGCCUAUGACUUUUUACUGACGUGGAGCCACCAGAUCGGGGACAGCUACCGGGACGUCAUCCAGGAGCUGCACAUAGGCCUGGACAAAAUGAAAAACCCCAUCACCAAGCGCUGGAAACACCUCACGGGGACUCUGAUCCUGGUGAACUCCUUGGACAUCCUGAGGGCAGCGGCCUUCAGUCCUGUGGACCAUGACGACUUUGUCAUUUGAGCGGGUUCCCUCCCGUCCGCUGCUGCUCUGGGGCAUGAACCACCACCACCACCCCCCCCGCCGCCGCCCCCCGUCUGUCCCAGAUGCCCGUGCAGUCACCUGGAGUGGGGGAGGCAGGAGGGGCCGGCUGCUCGGACACAUCCGGGGUCCCUCUCGGCUGGACCCGCACCCGAGGACCAAGCACAGACAAUGCUCCGCUGUCCUCCUCCGUUGAGGGGGGAGAGGGGGUGCUGAAGGGAAUUUCUACCACAGGUCGUCGCCAACCAAAAUAGCUUUCUAUUUGUUAGGCAUAAAUUUAAAUUUAAAAUCUUUUUUUUUUUUUUUUUUCAGGACGGGGGGAGGCCUAUGAGACAGGUGGUAUCUAAUUUUUUUAAUGGACCAGAAAAGUUUAAAAAAAAAACAAAACAAAACACCUUCAUAGGGGCGGAUGCUGUUGAGGUUUUUAUGUUCUAGAGAGACCUUUUUAAAUUAUGUUACAGAUGUAUAUAUGUAUUUAAAGGCGAUUCCCAGCCUCACUUUGCAUUUGAACACUUAGCACGGAGAGACGCUUGUUCAAGUGUUGGACCUCUUUUGCUCUGUCCUUGUGAAAAGGGUGAAUCAAAUAGGAAAUGUGGUUUUUCGGUAGCUGAGUCUAGCUCUUGCCCGUCCUUUCUGGGAACGUCCUGGGCCCUGCUGUCCCCUCUGAACUCCCGUUCUCUUCUGUACCUUUGCCCCGUGUUACAGUAAACGAUCAGCGGGAGCACUUGUGACCCUUCUGUGAGCUUCAGUGGGCAAAGUAAAAUCCUACACGAGCCAGCAGGUGCCCUCGAGAUGACAGGCCGCUGGGAGCUGGCGUUCGCUGUGGCCCCCACCUGCGUGUGGUCGGUCACUCAAGAGAACGGUGCCACGUGCAAUGCGAUGGUCCCUGCAGCUCUCAGAUGCCAUUACCCUGGGGGCAGGGGACGGCUUCCGGCAGGGCUCCAGGCCUCUCUGCUCCGUGGGCGUGAAGGAGACUUCACCACGAGGGACCCCUGUGCUCGUGUGUGUGUGCAGACGUGCCUGCCGUCACUGGCCAAACUCCGCUCCGUUCCAUGUGACGUGAACCCCGCUCCCUUCCUGGUGCACCCAUGUCCCCCAGGAAAACACAGCAUAAGGGACACUUUUUUUUUUUUUUUUUUUUGUACAAUUAGAGAUUAUCCGAGCAGGAUGUAUGUUUUCUACAAAUGAAAACGUGCCCCGCCUGGAACCAGAGGCAGAAUGCUGCCCGCCUUUACGGUUGUAGAUCAGCGUGGCCGUGUGCGGGUGAGCGGUGUCGGGCCCCUGAUCGCACCGUGGUUACACCCAGCUCAGAAGGGAGGAAGGGGCAGGACUGAAGAAUUGGAAUUAUGUGGCACACGGAGAGAAACAAUUCCUGGGAGUGGGUCAGCACCCGCGCUGGGCGGUUUGGGAUUCCUGGACCUCGUUCUCUGAAUCUGCUGUUUUGAAACACAUCAUGUUGAUCACUGGGUGUAAUCAGCCUACGAUCCCUAUCGGGCUGAAACAUUCUUAUGUACCUAUCAACUCAGAUACUGAAGACCAACUGGCUAGGAAAAAAAAAAAAAGAAAAGCACCUAGAAAAACUACGUUUUUUAUGCUGCAAGAAGCAGGACCCGCAGUUCCCCAAUGAUCACACGAAAUAACCUUAAAUUCUGCUUCCCCUGUCCACCCUCAUUCUUCCCAGAGAUUGUCUCUCACCUUCUCCCCAAAGAAGAGACAAACCCAGUUGCACCUUAAACCGUGGAUAUUUUUCCUCAGGGGCUUGAAGUAGUUUCCUAUGCAACAUGUCUGGUAGCACAAAUUGAAUUCUACAAAAGUUGCAGUAAAUUUUAUUUGCAUAUUUUAA